UUUUUCCCCCCAUUCCCAGCGUUUUCCCCCCAUUCCCGGCUUUUCCCCCCUCCCCAUUCCCGUUUUCCCCCCCAUUCCCGGAUUUCCCCAUGGAGAGCCGCUCGCUCUGAGCCCCGCGAUGCUCCGCGCCCCGGGGUGGUCGCUCCUCCUUCCUCCUCCUCCUCCUCCUCCUCCUCCUCCUCGCCGCUCCGGCCGCUGAUUCCCGCUCCGAGCCGAGCCGAGCCGAGCCAAAUCCCGGGAAAAUCGAGCCCAAGCUAAGCCCGGGAUGGAGCGGGAGCCGCCCCGGGGCAAAGCGCGGCUGCCCUCGCUGCUCCUGGCGCUGCUGGGGCUCGGCCCAGAGCUGCUGUUCGGCCAGGCCCGUGCCGCGGCGCCCCGGCCGGUGCACGGCGUGCUCGGCGGCUCGGUGCUGCUGUCGCCGGCGCUGCCGCCCAACCGGACGGUGAAGGAGAUCGAGUGGAGCUUCUCGGCGGGCACCGGUGCCACCAUCCAGGUGGCCGAGGUGGGCCCGGGCGGCUUCGAGCGGCCGGACCCGCGGGACCGUUUCGGCGGGCGCCUGGAGCCCGUCAACGGCACGGCGCUGCGGCUGCGGCAGCUGCAGCGCGGCGACAGCGGCGUCUUCGCGGCCCGCAUCAAGCUGCAGCCGGCCCUGGUGGAUGACCAGGCCUUCAACCUGACGGUCUACGAGGCGGUGCCCAGCCCGCGCACCCGCAGCCAGCUGCUGGCCAGCACCCUGGACUGGUGCAACCUGACGCUGCAGUGCCAGGGCAGCGGCCGCGGCGCCGUCAACGUCACCUGGCGGCGCGACAGCCUGGCCUGGGCCGAGCCGGGCCCCGGGCGGCACCAGCUGUCCCCCGACGGCACCACCCUGCGCGUGGCACUGCCACCCGCCGCCACCAACGUCACCUACGCCUGCACCGUCAGCAACCCCGCCGACCGCAAGGUCGCCCUGUUCCACCUGCACAGCCUCUGCCAGGGCGCCGGGGGACACUCGGCCUUCUCCACCUCGGGCUACGUGGUGCUGGCGCUGAUCCUGGUGGCCGUGAGCCUGGGCGGCGCCUUCUGGUGCUGGAGGGUCAACAGCGAGAAGGCGGCACGGGCAGCCGCCACGCCCACGGCGCCGCCUGAGGAGAGCCCCGGGGAGCCCCAAUACAGCGACAUCGUCUGCAGGAGCCCCCCCGAGGGCAACGACCAGGGUCCCAGCGCCCCCGAGGCCCUGCAGGAGCCCAGCGCACCCCAAAAAUCCGAGCCUGGUGAACCCCAAAAAUCCGAGCCAGACGAACCCCAAAAAUCGGAGCCUGGUGAACCCCAAAAAUCGGAGCCCGGUGAACCCCAAAAAUCGGAGCCCGGUGAACCCCAAAAAUCCGAGGCCGCGGCCCCAAAAGCCUCCCCGGGGGGGGACGAGCGGAGCGGCCCCGAGGACGCGGCCCAGGAGGUGACAUAGGACAGCUGCCGCCGCGCCGGGACCCCCGGACGGGCCGGGGGGCGUCGAGUGCCAAACCCCGACCCCAAAACCGCGCCCCGACCCCAAAAGAGCGGCCCCGCGGGACCCCCGACCCCACAGCGGCACGGAUCCCCCCUCCCGACCCCAAAACCCGCGGGUUUGUCCCCAAAUCCUGCCUGGGACUGCGCUGGGGAGGGGGAUCCCGAUCGGGGGUGGGAUUUGGGGGAUUUGGGGGUCCCCGGGUGCUCCCCGGUGGGUUUUGGGGUGGGGGGCUCCCCCGACCCCACAGCGGCACGGAUUUCCCUUCCCGACCCCAAAACCCGCGGGUUUGUCCCCAAAUCCUGCCUGGGACUGUUUUGGGGUGGGGGCUUCGGGCGGGGGGGGGUCCCGGGUGGGUCCUCGGGGGGUUUUUGGGGUCCCCGGGGGGGGAUUUGGGAUCCUUGGGUGGGUUUUGGGGUCCCCGGGGGGGUUCUGGGGUCCCUGAGAGGCUCCCCGGGGGGGUUUUGGGGGUUCCCGGGGCUUUUUGGGGUCCCUGGGGGUUUUUGGGGGUCCCUGGGGGUUUCUGGGGUUCUCCGGGAUUGAGGAAAACCGGGAAUUCUCCGAGCCCCCAAAAGCCAGCACCCCCCCAGUGUAAAUACUAAAUAAAUGUUGGUGACGUU